ACCCGACCCGAUCAAUGUCUCGAGAGGAGCUUUGGGCAGCGCCUACGCUCGCCGCUCUUGACCGUGUCCGGAGCCGCGGCAGCUCCACGCUGCAGGCGCCUGCGCCGCUGGACAACGGCGUGCGCUUUUUCCUGGGCGAGUCAGACGAACAGGAGGUGCUGGGCGUGCUGCGCGAGCGGUUCCGGCAAGAGCAGCGCGUCACGUCGGACGACGUCCGGUUUGUGGUGCGCGCCGUAGCAAGCCGCGGCGGCGCCGUGAACAUCCCACCCGACUUCCCACCCUCGCUCUGGAUUCUCGAGUUUAAGCGUGUGCACGGCUUCUUGCAGCUUGGUGGAGGCUUCGCGCUCGGGCUUCCUGACCACCUGACGGCUGGGCGGCGCAUCCGCAGCGGCGGUAUUGCGCGAGUACCAGCGAGCAGUGUGAGCAGCGGAGGGAGUAGCGACGACGAGAGAGACCACAGGGGCCACUACGUCGCCUCACGUGAGCCCAGUGCAAGUGCGCGGCCCAGUGCGCGACUGGCGUACGAUAAUGGCUCACCGGUGCACCGCACUCAUCAUCAACAACAACGGCAGCAACAGCAGCGCCGCUCCAUGAUCGUGAACGACCACCGCGCGGCCACUCAAUGGCAACAGCGUGAUCGGCCAGAUGACGUGGAAGAGCUCAGCUCCAACGACAGCAGCGGCAGCGAAAACGGUGCCACAACCGGCAGCUCGAGUGGCACUGGCAGUGCAGACUUGACGCCUCCUUCUGUCGCCACGAGCCAGAACAGCUGUGAAGUCAACGCGCCGACGUCGAGCGAGAAGCGCGGCUACAAGCUGAGCCACACAGUGCCAGCCGAGACGUGGGAGAAAGCCAUCGCCGCUGUCGAACAGCAAGGCAUGAGUCUGCGCGCCGCCGCCAAGAUCUACGGCGUGCACUUCGCAGCUCUCCACCGGCGCGUGAAGAAGCGUGCCCAAGGAGGGGAAUCAAAUAAAGGCAACAAUAGCUACUUCCACCCAAGCGAUGAGGCUGGGAUCACGCGCGUCGUGGUCGCUUACGCGGAGCUCGGCGUGCUCAUGACGUUCGACGAGCUCAUGAAGCUCGUGGAGGCAGCUGCGUUACGCAAGCUCCCCGACAUCUCAGUGGAGAAUGCACGCAGGCUUUUGGUGCGCUUCCAGUCACGCAACGAGCAGUCGAUACGACACAUUAUCGAGGACUGGCCGCCACCAGUGCCCGCAGUCUCGUCGGGCGGAUCUACUGCAAGUCACUACUACUUGGAGCAUCCGGGAUACGCCUACGGGUCCAAAGUACCUUCAGCAUCCAUGCAGCGCGCGUUGGCAGGGCACGUACCAGGAACUGCGGUGGCUGCCGCGCCGCAGCAGGUCUUGCCGCCGCAUCGGCUCGGUUUCGCUCACUCUUCUCCUAUCAACGGCACCAGUCGCCCCGUGCUGCCAAGUAUGAGCGUCCGCAAAAACUCACCACCACUUUCUGACAGCACCGUGACGUCUUCAUUGCUGUUACCCCCUCAGCUACCGCAGCGUGAACCUCACAGUCAGGAGUCGAGUCGCUCUCGCCCCGUGAUGUUUGUGUAA